AUGGCCGACGAAGCAGCUCGCGCUCACGCCGCUGAAGUGGCGCGCGCUCAAGAAGAAGGAAGAGAUCCACCUCCUCCUCCUCCUAAUCCACAAGACCCUGCUGGAGAUGUGAAUGCACAACCCCAAGCCGGAGCACCUACAAUCGGAGACUAUGACUCUGCCGAUGCUUUCUUCAUGGAUAGAAACCCUAUCCAUCCACCACUUCCUGCAAGGAAUGACUAUGAGAUCAAGCCUCAGAUCAUAGCAUUGGUUAGACAGAACCAAUUCAAUGGCCUUCCAGCUGAGCACCCUCUUGAUCACAUAGAAAACUUUGAAGAAAUUUGCAGCACUACAAGAUCCAAUGGAGUCUCUGCUGACUACCUUAAGUGCAAGCUCUUUUCAUUCUCUCUUGGCGACAAAGCUUCAAGAUGGUUGAAGUCUCUGCCAGCUCACUCCAUUACCACUUGGGAUGAGUACAAGGCUGCAUUCAUCAACCACUUCUACACCAAACAGAGAUCAAUUUCUGUAAGGAACAAGAUCUCCACCUUUCGCCAAGCCAACAAUGAGUCUUUCUAUGAGGCGCUAGAUCGAUUCAAGGAGUACAUUAGGGACUGCCCUAAUCAUGGUUUCAAUGAGGGAAACCUAUGGAACAUCUUCUAUCGUGGCAUAGACCACAAGUACAAGCUUUCAUUGGACACUGCAAGCAAUGGAAACUUCAUGACCAAGACUGUUGAUGAAGCUAAGGUUCUUAUUGAGAAUCUUGCAGCUAGUGAUUGUAACAACUGUCCUGAUUAUGACCGCUCAAGCCGCACCACUACUAGCUCCCCUGAUUCUUUUCAAAUGACUGAACUCAAGAACAUGAUGGCUCAAGUUCUUAAGGGACAGCUCAAGCAUAUCAAUGCAAUAGAAGGGAUGAGUGAUGCUAAUGAAGAUUCAUCAAGAGAAUGCAUGGGAGAUUCUCUAAUGAAGCCAAUGAAGAAGAUGUGA